GUGUGAUCUGCUACGGUUUUGGUGCAUCGCAAACACUUGACAAAAUUUAUUUUCGAUAAAUUUAGUUAUUAGGAUGAAUAAAAAAUAAAUAUUACAUAUGUAUAUAAAAUAUGUAGCUUUUCAUUGUGUUGGUGGCGCAUUUAUGUUGCAUACUUAUCACUUUUAAUUCUUGAAGUUUUCUUAUUCGUAUUAUCAGUUUGAUCUUGUAACUUUAAAGUAUAAUUUUAUGCAAAUGAAAUUUAUGUACUGCAAACUUGCGCAUAUAUUUAGCGCCAGGUUUUAUUUUAUCUGACAUAUAGUGUUGUACAUGUACACGAUUCCACACAUUGUUUUUAUCAUUUUAUAUUUCGGUCAGAAGCAAUUAAUGAUAUAUCUAACUUUACAUAUAUAAUAAGUAGUUCAUUGAUAGAUAAUGAUUGACGAUGUUUGAGGGAGUAAUAAUACAUAGAAUCAUUAAUAAUGCAUACAAUCAUAAUUUACCAUAAUUUAUUAUGGAAUCAUAACUCACAUAAGAAUUUAUAAAAAAUUUUACGUCUUGUAGUUCUUAGUAUGUACAUAAAUGUCUGACAAUGAGAUAAUAUAUUGUUCUCAUAUUUGGUUUCUCGUAUCAGCUUCUUUCUAUAAAUUCUUGAAUUUUGAUAUAUUUAGUCAGAAACUUCAAAAUCAAUUUCAUUCAAAAUAAUUCCUAUUUCCAGCUAUUUUUCUUUUUUGUUUAAACUUUUUCUUCUUAUUAUAAAUUUUUGUAAGUUUUUUUUAUGAAAACAAAAGUUUAAUUAUGUGCUGUAAUUAUAUGCUGUAAAACUGAGACCUAAGUGGCUUAUUAUAAUAACAAAUGAUGAAAAUAGUCAAAGAUAAAAAAAAGACGAUCAUAUGCACAUCUACAUGCGGAUUUACAUACACAUUUACAUACAUGCUGUUUGAAACUAUUUGCUUUGUUUUUUUAUCGCAAGAAAUAUACGUAUAAACAGGAUUUGUCGCAUCAAAUGUUAGUCGAUUUUCUGCAGACACAGGGUUUAACUUUCUCAUAUUACCAAAGUAUAUUUCAUUAUGUUUGAUAGCUGAACAUUUCACAAAGGAUUGUUUUUAUAUUUCUCACGGACUCUUAUAACAUAUAAAAGGUACUGUAAUUAAUUUAUGACUCCGUUCCGAUAUGUAUAACCAAUACUGGAAAUCGAUAAAACAUAUAACGUAAAAAGUACAGGUUUUUAAAUACUGGCAGUGAAUGUCGGAACGCAGCCUAUAUAUUUACUAGACGUAUAAAAAUUUCUCCUUACUUUAAGGAUAUACUUUUAAAGAUUAACUUUGAAGAAAAAAAAUCGUACGACUGUCUGUUUUUUUACAAUAAGAUACGCGAAUAAGAAAUAUAUAUUCAAUAGACGAUCUGCUUUUCACUCGUUGCUUAUCGUUUGUUCUAAUGAAGGUUUUUCACAAGAAAAAUGCACUGUCAUUAUAUGACCUUUUUUCUGAAGCUACAUAAGGCGUAACUGAUAAGUGAAACGAUGCGCAUUAAUAGCGACAGUAGUACGUCACAUUGCUGUGUCUUUGACAAAUUUUAUUCUUCGGAAGAACAAAUGUUAAACGCUGGCUUAUUAUCGCAUAUAGUGUUUGUGUAACAGUUUGCUAAACAAUAGUGCAACAUAAUACUACUGUCAUUAUGCCGUCACUCCCUAUAAUCCCGUAACUCCAAAAACGCAAAUUUUAGAGAUCAGUUUAAAGAUUUAAAACUUCAUAUGUUUCCCUAGUUAAGAGAUUCUUUUGGUUUAAAAAUUUUACCUUAUGAAUAAUUUUUAAAAAUAUUUGUUGAUCAUAAAGAACAUGACUUUCUAAGUUUCACUAUAUGCAAUAAACUGAAAAUCCCGUAUGUGACACUUAUGUAAUUAUACGUAAGGAGUAACGAUGCAUCGUUUUGGAUACUUAUCAAUCACUCCGCGUAUCUUUAAUCUUUUAAAAGCUCGUAUCAGAUUAUAGAUUAGGACUGAAAUUUGAGAUUGGAUUGAAAUGUGAUCAAAAUUUCAAUAAACUUGAGAUUAGGUUUUUUAUAUAUUUUGAUUGGAUUAAAUUGAAAUUCCACUAUUAAAGAGCUUAAACAGAUAUCUUGUAUGUAUAAUAUGACCGGCUUUCUCCCCCCCAAAGAGGCCGAUCUAGCACAAUUUGUUAACAGUUUGCUUAUAGUGCUGAAAUAAUAGAGUAGUAAUCGCGAGAUUGCCUUAUCAUAUGUAAAUAAUUUUUUGUAAUGCUAUUUAUUUCAGAAUAAUAAAAUACAACUACUCUAUAAAUAUAUGUGUGAGAAAAAAAUAUAUAUAUAUAUUAAAUAAAGGAAACACACAUAUCAUCAAGAAUGGCAAAAGUACAAUUUGAAGAGAUAAAACUUAUUGUACCUUGGGGUCAUGUUGCUGCCAGAACAUAUGGUUCUCGCGCUGGAGAACCAGUAUUAAUGGUGCAUGGUCGUGAAGAUAAUGCGGGAACAUUCACUAGAUUAAUGAAAUAUUUACCAAUGGAAUCCUUUUAUUAUGUGUGCAUAGAUUUACCUGGCCAUGGAUGGUCAUCACACUUCCCAUCCUGGAUGACACUAAGUUGUGUAGAAUAUGCAAACGCAUUGCACUUUAUUCUUAAGGCGCUACAGUGGCAAACCUGUAUUUAUAUAGGACAUAGUAUGGGAGCGCAAAUAGGUAUCAUUUUUAGUGUUAUAGAACCUCACAGACUUAAAAAACUAAUUUGUCUUGAUGGGUUUCUUUUUAUACAUAAACAAUUUGAUAAAGAUACCUUUAUAAAUUACUACAAACAACAAUAUGCGUAUAUGUUAAAAGGCAGUAGCAAUGUAAAGCCACCAUCUUAUACUAAAGAGGAAAUUUUAUAUGCUUUUAAGAAUAAGAGAUUAGGCAACUUGAAUUCAGAAGCUGCAGAUGCAUUAUUUGAACGUGCAGCUACAGAAGUAAAUGGAAAGUAUAUACUCAAUAGAGAUGUACGAACAAAAAAUUAUCCUUUCCUGCAUUUGAAUCUUGACGAAUGCAGACAGAUAAAUUGCAGAAUUUCGGCUCCCCUAUAUAUGUUUAUUGCAUCUGAAAGUGCUUUAACUAUAGGAGAUACAUUCUUCCAAAAAAUGAAAAACGAAGUUCAAGUACCGAUUACGAACUUUAAAAUAAACGGGAAUCAUGAUGUUCACAAUAAUAAUCCUGAAAAAAUUGCUCCAUAUUUAUGUGAAGUAUUAAAUACUGGAGAGAAAUCAAAGUUAUAAUAUAUGGGAAAGGUAUAUAAAAAAUUGUUAUUGGUAUUGUUAUUAUAUAUUAGUUAUAUAUAAACUUUUGAAUAAUAUGUGAAUAUACACAUUAUAUACAUAUUAUACAAAUUCAAAUUGUAAUACAUA